GAAGGUUGAAGUUUUGUCAAGUGCCAUCAGACGUUCUCAUCCGAAGUCAAAUAGUGCGGGGCGAAAAUGGAGUUGGUUCGGGUUCUUCUUGUUUGCCAAAUAUGGCUUAUUGUUGCAGUCCAAAUAAGGAAUGUCUUUGGUGCCACUGCUGCUGGGAAACCUCUCUUGGAGAUGUUGGACGAGGAAAACAGAGAGGGCAUGAUGUCAAUGACGACACCGCCGACAAUGGCAUCCAGCAGCAGCAGCAGCAGCAGCAGGGAUGGUCUGCCAUGGGCAGCACCCGUCGCCAUGACAGGCAUGGGCGGGGUCAGCAGAAGGGACUUCCUCAAGGUUCGACGCCUCCGUCGCCAGCAGGUGGAGCCACAGGAGUACACGGUGUGUUCCCGAUACCCGACGACGCCGUCGAGACCUACUACGACAAGGCCUCCAUCAGCUGCUGCUCCUAAUCCUCCAUCAGCUGCUGCUCCUAAUCCUCAUGCCAUCUUUCGGAUGAACCCUCCUGUCAAUGGUGACCCCAAUUUGGUUAUGGCCAACUUCCGACAUCCUACGCCGGCGGGGCAAGAGAACAUGGACAACGCAACAACUAAUGCUACUGUAUCUUCUGACAACAUGAAUAUCACAAGGACUUCAGCUGCUGUUGGGGCUCCUCCAGCUGCUAUUCCUGGUGCUGCUGACAAAAAUAUCCCUGCUGCUGAGGAAGUGGAUCCUGCUGGUGUUUCUGAUGUUCCCGUAGAGGGAGAAAGUGCUGUUCCUCCUGAGAUCUUUCGGAUGAAUCCUCCUGGGGGUGACCGCAAAUUCGUCAUUGCCAACUUUCCACAGCUCAUGCCUGCGGGGCGAGAGAACAUGGACGGUGAAGCAACGUCUGGCUCAUCCGACGAGACGAAUGUAAGCUGGGAAAGUGAACGUCUUGCUUUGGAAGCCGUGUUGCGGAUUUUCAGGAAUUUUAUGCGACCCCGACUCCACGCCGAACAAUUCAAUGACAAAAGCAUCCAGACAGACGAAACCGAAGACAAAAACACCAUCAGCGACAUGAGCAAAGAUGAAAAGAAUGCGUAUGGCGGCCAGAGGCAGUGGAGAUUCUCUUUGUUUGAAAGUGACAAUGCUGCUGCUGCUGCAGAACAAGCUGCUGCAUCCACUUUUUCAUCUCCCGAAUCGUCUUCAAAAGUCAUGUCAUUCACCCGAAAUAAUAACACCGCCAGCAACAACCACAACAAAAACAUCAUCAUGUACAAGCUCAAGAAGACGAUUUUUCACGCACUCACAGGGAACUCGCCAAAAACAAUGAGAAAUGAUCCGCAGCAUCAACAUCAACACCAACAACAACAAACGGCUGCCGCCUUCACAGCCACCAGACAGGAUGGGAAUCCUGCAGGGAAUGUGGCGGCUGUGAAGCCAGCAAGCACAACACUGGAGAUUUGUGACCAGUUGCCCCAUUCUGCCAACAGCAUCAUGGUGAAGCCCUGA